GUUUGUGCCGGCAAGGAAUUCCGUUUGCCGGUCUACUCAACAUCAAGAACUGUGACUUUUACUCCAAACUCAGGAGGUUCCAGGCGUGUUCUCCUCGAGAAGACCACUGUAAUCGACCCUCGUUUUGAAUGGACCAAAGAUAAGAUGCUGGUCCUGAAAAAUGUGACUCAUGCAGACCAGGGACUUUAUUCUAUCAAACUAUCUUCUGGAUUCACCUAUGAGACCGUUCGUCUGACAGUUUCAGAAUGCAUCAAAUCCUACUAUAGGAACUACGGCGAGAACUUUGAGAACAACAUCCCUGAAGACAGUUUUAUACUGGAAUUUGCUCCCCGAGGGGCUCCAUCCAAGGCGAUGCCAAUAGUCCUGUGGAACCGGACCGACCCUGAUACCGGCAUUGCGGGUCGAGGCCGGAUGCUACGAGAAAGGAAGGUCUGGGUGGCUGACAGAGUGACGCAAGCCGAUCAAGGCAACUACACAGUACGAGACGCUGAGGGGAAAGUGUUGUCUCGCUGCACUCUCACUGUCCGCGGACACACUUUCAACGUGACCCGCUUCACCAAAGAGUCUCUGAACCUCCCCCUCUUCCUCCCGGUGCCACACGCCUACCUCAUCUUUACCCCCAACCGACACCCUGCUGAAUCCCCGUCGGGUCCUUUUGACUCCAAGCCCCCCCGCGGGCCCGUUCAGUUAAUGCGUGAAGGCCACAUCACCGACCAUGACAUGCGGUACAGAGGCCUGGUCUCGGUGGGCAGGAAUGGCUCCGUCAACGAGGUGGUCAUAGCGAGGUUGACCUCGAAGCACGAUGGCGUCUAUGAGAUCAGAGACAUUAAUGGCAACCUGGUGUCAACCACCUUGCUGCAGGUGAUUGAAAGGGGUGGCAAGUGGCGAGCUCUUCUCAAGUCCAUCACUGUCCCUUCCGGCAUGUUUGUGUCUUUGGCCGGUUUCAUCCUGUUCAUGAAGCGCUACCCCAACUGGAGCUUGUCGCAGAUCGUCGCCUGCCUUAGGACGUACCGCACGCCACAAGCUCAGCCCCCGGCGGUCAACAUUCAGAACUACAGCCAGCCAAGCCCUCAGCCUGCGGGAUACCAGCAAGCAGGCGCACCGAGAAAAUGGACCCCAAGAGCCAGCCCAAUUCAUGCUGGUUACACUCCCGUUACAGCGGGAACUCCAUCACGGCUCACUCCUGUUCACACGAGGGGUGAAAAUGAUCAAGUUCAAAGAACUUUGAGCUCCCCCUGUCACAAUUCAACUGCCGAGGAGCAAACGUCUAAUGAAGAAGCAAGGAGGAUUUCCUUUCCAGUGGCGGGUGCAACAGAUUGCCUGCAGUCCUCCGAAGGUUGCGUUCAAUUCCAGAUCAUGAAGGAACCGCUUCAAGCAAGCUGCAGCAAGACAAAUGAUUAUUAUACCGCCCUGCCGCUGGACACGGAUACGUCUGAAACCUGCAGCGUUUACAUUUCGGAAAAGCUCAACUUAUAGUGCACGGAGUGGUGGCAUGCAGAGAAGCAUGCGGACAAAGUUCAAGAGAAGAAAAACCUCACCUGUGCCUUUUGCAACAAAGUCUACAUUGUACUUCCAGUGGUUUGACAUCCAUAUUGCAUGUCAUUAUUGUCAUUGUAAUGGUAUUUAUGAAGCAUGAGCUGAAUAUGAUCAUUCCUGCUUCAGACAUUUAUUCGCUCUGACUGCCAGAGAUUCUCAAAUCUCCGCUAUCCUCUGAUGCUAUUUACUACCUCCAGACCCUCAGGACUACCGUGAUAUGCACUGUGUAUAUAUAUAUAUAUUUGCUAAAUUUGUCAGCAGUGCCCAAAUCCGGUCCUCAAGAGCCCCUAUCCAGCCUGUUUUAGGUGUGACUGAAAUGAUCAGCACAUCAGCAGGCUUUGCAAAAGCCUGAUAACAAACUUGAUGAUUUUUUUUAAAUCAGGUGCAGUGCAGGAGGGAUGCAUCUAAAAUAGGCCGGAUAGGGGCUCUCCAGGACCGGACUGGAGCAUCUCUGGUCUAAAAGCGAGCUCGCUACAUAUAGAGGACUAUAAAGAAGGAAACAUUAACUUACUGUACUAAUAUAGAGAAGGGAUUUAUUUGUGUCAUAAUGAUAACCUCUUCUGACUACAAUGAAUUAUCAUGUUAAAUGUCUGUGAUGUAAGCUAAUAAUUUCACCAUACUUCUGGGGCGCUGUACAACUGUUAAAUGUUCAGUAAAAACAAUCCCACCAAAUAUUGUAACAACCUGUGAAACUUGUUAUGAGCAAAAUGUGGACCACCAAAUUCCUGAUGAAAAUGACAGAUCUUGUAAUAUUUUGCAAUAUAAAAACAUGUAUGAGUCCAAAAAAAUACAUAUAUCCUAUCAGAU